GCGACGAGCGGAGCGGAGUAGUCACGCUCGGCGAGCCCGAGGCUCAAGCUCGAGUGUUGCACGCCGACAGUUCUCAGUCUCCGGGUUAAUGCGCGGAUUUGAACACUUGGUGCUUCUCGCUAUGACUUAAGCAAAGGAGAGAAAAUUUUAUGUGCAAUCGAAAUUAAUGGCGACUGACGUGAGUGCAAUUACGACGAUUAAUUUCGAAUUGGCGAGAUAACUGUUUGUUUCCGUCAGUCUUUAUAACUUUAACUGUUGUAUUAAUUACAUUAAUAUGACAUAGGUUUUUUUAUCCAUCUAUUAAUAAGAUAACGCAGUUCUAACUAUAUAGACAAAAGGAAAGAAUUGUAUUGAACUGAGUUUGAAGAACACUAGUACGAGGUAAUGGAAGAGAGAUUUUUGAUUACAUGAGCCAAGUAUCGAUAUUAGAAUCAAGCAAAUAAAUACGAAACAUGGUAUAAAAAGAGAAGGAAGAAAAAAAUAAAAACGUAUUUAUAAAACAAAAGUCAAGUGAAAUUCCAAAGAACGGAAAGAAGGCAGCACGAAGACGCGUGAUAUAAAGAAAAAGAGAAAAGAAUUUACGAGUGGUAUCGUUCACGAGAGAAAAAGAUUCUUUUCACAUGGGUUUAUUUUAAAUGUAUAAUUAAAAUUGCUCAGAUACAUUAAGAGAUGGCUGGAGCCGCUUCACUUUUCGGCAAUUUUUCGUCAGAUGCUGUGACCAGACUCACGAUGGAGCGCGGCGACCGCUGCAAGGAGGGCCGCAGAAGUAUGUGGCAUUUAAUCUUUCUAUUAAUCGGAUCUGCGAUGGCCGGGGAAUCAGGACCGGAGUCGCCAACGGAUUUUUUCGACACAACGAUCAAGAUCGAGGCACCGUUGCCUUAUGAGGAGGCAUUUCCGACUCCGCUUCCUGGUCUGCUGUAUCCUAGAGAAAGUGAAUCCCGCGAGGUAAGAUCGCUCGAUGGAUUAUGGGAUUUCGUCGUGUCACCCGAAGGAGAUGCGCUAAGGGGUUAUAGAGAAGGAUGGUACGCCUUGGAUGAUCUAUCGAAGGUAGGUGCGAUGAUGAAGAUGCCGGUACCCUCAUCCUAUAAUGACAUCACGACAUCACGGGAUCUUAGGGACCACGUUGGCGCCGUAUGGUAUCAGAGGACCUUCUUCGUGCCCUCAUCUUGGCGAGAUCAGCGGGUCUUCAUCAGAUUCGGCUCGGUCAAUUACCUCGCCCAAGUGUGGGUGAACGGUGUCUUGGUGACCAAUCACGAAAUGGGCCACUUGCCCUUCGAAGCGGAAAUCUCGUCAUAUUUGAACUUUGGUAGCGAGAAUCGCAUUACCGUCGCCGUAGAUAACACCCUGCUGCAAACCAGCAUACCCCAAGGAAGAAUCGUGGAGAUGAUUACUGACAACGGCACCGUUCACACGCAAACGUAUACCUUCGACUUCUUUAACUACGCGGGUAUACACAGAUCCGUUUUACUGUAUACCGCGCCGCGCGUCUAUGUCGAGGACAUCACAGUGAGGACGGGCUUGAUCGGCGAAAUGGGAAUUGUCAAGUAUAUUAUACAGCCAGCUGGAUUACGCGAGGGAGAGAUACCAACCUGCAGGGUCACCCUAUAUGACACUGAGCAGGUUCUGGCCAUAAAGGAGACCGUCUACGGUCUGUCCGGUACCGUGAAGGUUCCGUUCGUCAGACUCUGGUGGCCCAGAGGCAUGGAUUCCAAGCCAGGAUACUUAUAUACUUUGGAGGUGAGGUUGUCAGUGGCGAAUGUAACCAAGCCGGACAUCUACCGAUUGCCGAUCGGCAUCAGGACCCUGGUGUGGACCAACACGAGUCUCCUAUUAAACGAUCGACCGGUGUACAUGCGUGGUUUCGGCAGGCACGAGGAUUCUGCUAUCAGAGGACGUGGCUUUGACCUCGUCACCGCUGUCAGGGAUCACGAAUUACUCCAAUGGAUCGGAGCUAAUGCCUAUAGGACCAGCCACUAUCCUUACAGUGACGAGGUUCUCGACAUGGCUGAUAGAUUGGGUUUCCUCGUGAUCAACGAGUGUCCUUCCGUCGACACAGAAAACUUUUCGCCGUCGUUGCUUUCACGCCACAAGGACUCGCUCUCGGAGCUCAUCCGCAGAGACAAAAAUCGGCCUUCUGUGAUCAUGUGGUCUCUGGCCAAUGAACCGAGGACCCAGCUGCCUCAGGCCGAAGAAUACUUCAAGCAGAUCGCCCAUCACGCCAAAGCAGUCGAUCCCACUAGGCCGGUCACUAUUGCUCUGGCUCGUGGAGUUCAGGAAGACAAAGCUGGUCAGUUCCUCGACGUGAUCAGUUUCAAUCGUUACAACGCCUGGUAUAGCAACGCCGGCAGGAUUGACAUGAUCACCGACAGGGUAUAUGGAGAAGCCGAGGCUUGGCAUAGGAAAUACAACAAGCCGGUACUUAUGUCCGAAUACGGAGCUGAUACCAUGCCGGGUCUGCACGAGCUACCGGAAUACGUAUGGAGCGAGGAGUAUCAGAAACAAUUGUUGUCCAAACACUUUGAAGCCUUCGAUCGAUUGCGACACGAAGGCUUUUUCGUUGGCGAAUUCAUCUGGAACUUCGCCGAUUUCCGCACAGCACAAACGUAUACCAGAGUGGGCGGCAAUAAAAAGGGGAUCUUUACGAGGGACAGGCAGCCAAAAAUGGCAGCCCAUCAUGUUAGAAAAAGAUAUCACGCCCUCGCAGUCGAACUGGACGGUGCGCAGAUACCGGAGGAUGUGGAGGAUUAUUAUAUUUCGUCCUAUUAUUCUUCGCACUCAGAACUCUGACUGAUUAAACAAACAAAAAAGAAAAUAAAAGCACAAGAUUUUGGAGUACGAAAAUAACUUUGCAGAGUCUUAAUUGACUCUUGAUGAAAUAAAACCGCAUUUUGUUUAUUUUGUAUGUCGAUAGGUAAGCGUUGCACCGAUAACUUAACAUAUAGAAUUAUUCAUCUAAUAUAUAAUCUAUCAUAAAAUCUCUCAUUUCAUAAUAAAGAUAUAAAUACUCCAUCUAUUCAUUUAUGACUCAUUUAUAUGAAAAAGAUAUAUAAAAAAAUGGGUAUCAUUUUUUGAGAUGCAUAAAUUUAGAAUACAUAAAUCUUUAUAUAUAUAUAUAACUCUGUGUACUUUUAUUAUAUACAUAUUUCAAAUGAAAAACAGAAUCAUGAUGUUUUUAUACAACUCAUAGUAUGAAAAUAUAUUUACAGAUAGAAGAAA